CGGUGGCGGCGGCGGCCGUGGCGGUGGCUGAAGGAGCAGCAGCCGCCCCAGCCGCUUUCCCUGUGCUUCCCUUCCUCUUGAGUGCAGCCAGGAAGUUUUUCGCUUCUGUGCAUGUGUGUGCGUGAGUGUGGGUGUGUAAGGUGAAGAUUUGGGCGGCGUUUGUGCAGGCGUUGGGUUUUUUGCCCACUUCUCUUCCCGUAACCCGGGUAGCUCCCGAGCCUGGGCUGUGGCCCGAAGAGGGGGCGCGGCGGCGGCCUCUCUCCUUUUGUUGUUGUUUCCUCCGCCUGGGGAGCUGAAGAGGGGACGCGCCUGGGUGGGGCGGCUCGGAGCCCGGGCCUGGUGGCCCCCGGGGCUCCCGAGCGGGCAGGGUAGGGCAGAGUAGAGCGGGCUUCAACAUGAUGGCGGCCGAGGCCGGCAGUGAAGAGGGCGGCCCGGUCACCGCCGGGGCAGCAGGAGGCGGCGGGGCCGCGGGCUCCAGUGCCUAUCCGGCAGUGUGUCGGGUGAAGAUACCCGCCGCCCUGCCUGUGGCAGCCGCCCCCUUUCCUGGGCUGGCGGAGGCUGGAGUGGCCGGGACUCUGGGUGGCGGAGCCGCUUUGGGGUCAGGGUUCCUGGGACCCGGGUCUGUGGCGGGGGCACUGGGGGGAGCCGGACUGUCAGGGGGAGGUGCUGCUGCUGGCAUGGCUGGUGCUGCCGCCGCCGGACCUGGCGGGGAGAUGGCUCUCACCAAGGGGACCACUUCGUUGCCUGCUGAGACCUUCGGGGCAGGCGGCGGAUUCCCUCCUUUGCCGCCGCCUCCUCAGCUGCCCCCUUUGGGCGCGGGCCUGGGAACAGUGGACGAAGGUGACUCUCUGGAUGGACCAGAAUACGAGGAGGAAGAGGUGGCCAUCCCGCUGACCGCUCCGCCAACUAACCAGUGGUAUCAUGGAAAACUUGAUAGAACUAUAGCAGAAGAACGCCUCAGGCAGGCAGGGAAGUCCGGCAGUUACCUUAUAAGAGAGAGUGAUCGGAGGCCAGGGUCCUUUGUACUUUCAUUUCUUAGCCAGACAAAUGUUGUCAACCAUUUUAGGAUUAUUGCUAUGUGUGGGGAUUACUACAUUGGUGGAAGACGUUUUUCUUCUCUGUCAGACCUAAUAGGUUAUUACAGUCAUGUUUCCUGUUUGCUUAAAGGAGAAAAAUUGCUUUAUCCAGUUGCACCGCCAGAGGCAAUAGAAGAUAGAAGGCGUGUUCGAGCCAUUCUCCCUUACACAAAAGUACCAGACACUGAUGAAAUAAGUUUCUUAAAAGGAGAUAUGUUCAUUGUUCAUAACGAGUUAGAAGAUGGAUGGAUGUGGGUUACAAAUCUAAGAACAGAUGAACAAGGUCUUAUUGUUGAAGACCUAGUAGAAGAGGUGGGUCGGGAAGAAGAUCCACAUGAAGGCAAAAUAUGGUUCCAUGGGAAAAUUUCCAAACAAGAAGCUUAUAAUUUACUAAUGACAGUUGGUCAAGUCUGCAGUUUUCUUGUGAGGCCAUCAGAUAAUACUCCUGGUGACUAUUCACUUUAUUUUCGGACCAAUGAAAAUAUUCAGCGAUUUAAAAUAUGUCCAACACCAAACAAUCAGUUUAUGAUGGGAGGCCGAUAUUAUAACAGCAUUGGGGACAUCAUAGAUCACUAUCGAAAAGAACAAAUUGUUGAAGGGUAUUAUCUUAAGGAACCUGUACCAAUGCAGGAUCAAGAACAAGUACUCAAUGAUACAGUGGAUGGCAAGGAAAUUUAUAAUACAAUUCGUCGUAAAACAAAGGAUGCCUUUUAUAAAAACAUUGUUAAAAAAGGUUAUCUUCUAAAAAAAGGCAAAGGAAAAAGGUGGAAAAACUUAUAUUUUAUCUUAGAGGGCAGUGAUGCCCAACUUAUUUAUUUUGAAAGUGAAAAACGAGCUACAAAACCAAAAGGAUUAAUAGAUCUCAGCGUGUGUUCUGUCUAUGUUGUUCAUGAUAGUCUCUUUGGCAGGCCAAACUGUUUUCAGAUAGUGGUUCAGCACUUUAGUGAAGAACAUUACAUCUUCUACUUUGCAGGAGAAACUCCAGAACAAGCAGAGGACUGGAUGAAAGGUCUGCAGGCAUUUUGCAAUUUACGGAAAAGUAGUCCAGGGACAUCUAAUAAACGCCUGCGUCAGGUCAGCAGUCUUGUUUUACAUAUUGAAGAAGCCCAUAAACUCCCAGUAAAACAUUUUACUAAUCCAUAUUGUAACAUCUACCUGAAUAGUGUCCAGGUAGCAAAAACUCAUGCAAGGGAAGGGCAAAACCCUGUAUGGUCAGAAGAGUUUGUCUUUGAUGAUCUUCCUCCUGACAUCAACAGAUUUGAAAUAACUCUUAGUAAUAAAACGAAGAAAAGCAAAGAUCCUGAUAUCUUAUUUAUGCGCUGCCAGUUGAGCCGGUUGCAGAAAGGGCAUGCCACAGAUGAAUGGUUUUUGCUCAGCUCCCAUAUACCAUUGAAAGGUAUUGAGCCAGGAUCCCUGCGCGUCCGAGCACGAUAUUCUAUGGAAAAAAUCAUGCCAGAAGAAGAGUAUAGCGAAUUUAAAGAGCUUAUACUGCAAAAGGAGCUUCAUGUAGUCUAUGCUUUAUCACAUGUAUGUGGACAGGACCGAACACUACUGGCUAGCAUCCUACUGAGGAUUUUUCUUCAUGAAAGGCUUGAAUCGUUGUUGUUAUGUACACUAAAUGACAGAGAAAUAAGCAUGGAAGAUGAAGCCACUACCCUAUUUCGAGCUACAACACUUGCGAGUACCUUGAUGGAGCAGUAUAUGAAAGCCACUGCUACACAAUUUGUUCAUCAUGCUUUGAAAGACUGUAUCUUAAAGAUAAUGGAAAGCAAGCAGUCUUGCGAGUUAAGUCCAUCAAAGUUAGAAAAAAAUGAAGACGUGAACACUAAUUUAGCACACCUAUUGAACAUACUUUCAGAGCUUGUGGAGAAAAUAUUCAUGGCUUCAGAAAUACUUCCACCGACACUGAGGUAUAUUUAUGGGUGUUUACAGAAAUCUGUUCAGCACAAGUGGCCUACAAAUACCACCAUGAGAACAAGAGUUGUUAGUAUUUCAGAAAUUCUUAGUGUUCCUAAGGACACUCCUUCCUCAAAUGGUUUUGUUUUUCUUCGACUUAUCUGUCCUGCCAUCCUGAACCCACGGAUGUUUAAUAUCAUCUCAGAUUCCCCAUCUCCUAUUGCUGCAAGAACACUGAUAUUAGUGGCUAAGUCUGUGCAGAACUUAGCAAAUCUUGUGGAAUUUGGAGCUAAGGAGCCUUACAUGGAAGGUGUCAAUCCAUUCAUCAAAAGUAACAAACAUCGUAUGAUCAUGUUUUUAGAUGAACUUGGGAAUGUACCUGAACUUCCGGACACUACAGAGCAUUCUAGAACUGACCUUUCCCGUGAUUUAGCAGCAUUGCAUGAGAUUUGUGUGGCCCAUUCAGAUGAACUGCGAACGCUCAGUAAUGAGCGUGGUGCACAGCAGCACGUACUGAAAAAGCUUCUGGCUAUAACAGAACUGCUUCAGCAAAAACAAAACCAGUAUACAAAAACUAAUGAUGUCAGGUAGCAGCCUUCGCCGCAGUGUUCUGCAUGGAUUCAGCAUGCCCAACAUGGUAAUUCACAUCAGUAUAAUGUCUCCUUUGCUCUUGCCAAAAAAUAGCACACCUUUCCACAUUCCAGUGAUGUGUGAACUAUGCAAACAAAACUCGAGAUUCUGCUGGUGAGUAACUGCGCCAGCAACUUUGUAAGCUAUCUGUGCAGGAUAUUUGCACUUUUUCCACAUAUGGAAUCUUUACCAACCUCUGAGCCUUGGUGUACGGAUCACCUUUCACACAAUGCUAUGACCGUAUCUUGAACUUGGAAAAUAUAUUUUCAAUACAUUCAAUUGCCAAAGUUUUGCUGUCUCUUGGAAAAAGAACUAUGAAAAAAGCAUUCUCUGUUGACAAUUGACUGACUAUAACUGGAUUGCAGACUGCUCUUACUGUUACUUCUUCCUGAAUUAGGAAUAUGACCGUUUGACUGUUUAAUGACUUUAUUUGUAUUUACAGUUUCCAGAGUUUACCAUUACAAUAGGAACAAUCUUUGCUGUAUACUUUUUUAAAAUAACUGCUAUUUCUCUUUUUGCUGGAACUGUUGAAAGAAAAUAUAUAGAAUGGAUCUAUUGCUCAUCAGCUUUAUUUUUUAAACAUACCACUUAUUUUGUUCGAAUUGUCAAAGACUGUAUUUAGAUCUCAUAAUGCUUUUUUGUUAAAUGUUUACAACAGUAAAUAGUUUGAAUACAAUAAAUAUUAUUAUUGGUCACUGUGUACUGAUCAACGCAUGUUACCCAUUCAACCGUUUUAUAGAUUACCGAUUUCUUUUAUAUGUUUAAAAACCCUAGAAUGCUUUCAUUGAAAGUAUUCAUUAAUUCCAAGGUGAUUUUUUUAAAUUAUGCAAACAAUUUCAUCAGCCACUGAACAACUAUCCAUCUUUGCCCUUCUGACUACUUGUUGUAUCUGCUGGAUAUUUAGUUUGACUGUAUAGUUUUAUUUGCUUCUGUAUGUGUAUUUUUGUGAAGUAUUCACAAGGGUUAAGUUAAAAUAAAACCAAGGGAUAUCAUAAA